AUGAGAACGCAGACCUGGUGUGUAUUACAGAGACCUGAUGUAGCCAUGGCUGAGGCGGCGGAUCUCGUCCAAGAUCUCUGCGCUGAAGCUACUUGUUCCAUCUGCCUGGAAUAUUUCAAAGAUCCAGUGACCAUUCCCCAGUGUGGACACAAUUUCUGCCGAUCCUGCUUGAGUUGGAGCUGGGGGCAGGGCACACAGGCUUCCUGCCCGCAUUGUCGAGCAACAGUCCAGCAAAUGAACCUCGUCUCAAAUCGGCAUCUGGCUAACUUUGUAGAAAUAACCAGGAAGCUCAGUCUUCAGACAGAAAAGGAAGGACAGGGGAGAGUCUGCGAGAAGCACCACCAGUCCCUGAAGCUCUUCUGCAAAGACCAUGAAGCCCCCAUUUGCCUGGUGUGUGACAAAUCCAAGGAACAUGAAAAUCACAAGGUGAUUCCUCGGGAAGAGGCUUUCCAAGAGUACAAGGAACUGAUCUGUGAUUGCCUGGAGAUUCUGAGGAAGCGGAGAGAAAUUAUUAUGGCAGAUGAAGCAAACUCAGAAAAGGAAAGCCACCAGCUGCUUGUAAGAAUUAACAAAACAGAGAGGCAGAAGGCAGUGGAUGCGUUCAGAAGACUGCGCCAGUUUAUCGAAGAACAGGAAAAACGUCUACUGAAAGAGAUAGAGGAGGUGGAGAAGGAGAUUGCAAGGACAAGGAAGAAGCACCUGGGCAGGGUCUGCAGGGAACUCUCCUCUCUUGAAAGCAUCAUCCAGGAGAUGGAGGAGAAGCGUCAGCAGCCAGCCGGGGAACUCCUGCAGGAUGUGAAGUGCACCUUGCAGAGGUAUGAGAAAAGCAAAACAUCUGAGGGUCCAGUGCUUUUCCCUCCAGAGCUGAGGUGGAGGAUCUGGGAUUUAUCUGAUGCAAAUCUCUCUCUGGAGAGCAUCAUAAAGCACAUCAAAGAUACUGUGUUAUUCGGAGAACAGCUUCAGAAAGCAAAUGUGACUCUGGAUCCGGACACAGCCAAUCGCAGGCUCUUCCUGUCUGAGAACCGCAGAAUCGUGAGAUGUGAAGACAAAUGGCAAGCCCCGCUUGACAAUCCUGAGAGAUUCAACUAUCUUCCUGCUGUGCUGGGAUGUAAGGGAUUCACAGGAGGCAGGCAUUUCUGGGAAGUCAUUGUAGGAAGUGAGGGAGAAUGGGCUGUGGGGGUCGCCAGGAAGUCUGUGAGGAGAAAAGACAUUAGCGCCGCAAGGCCUGAGGAAGGGAUCUGGGCUGUGGGGAAGUGUGCCAGUAACUACAGGGCCAUCAACCCCCCUGCUUACUGUGUUCUGCGCCUGGGUGGGCAAUUGAACAGGAUCAGAGUGACUAUAAACUAUGAAAGGGGGCAGGUGUCUUUUUCUAAUGCUGAUACAACGGUCCUUCUCUACACAUUCCCAGAAGUCUCUUUCUUUGGAGAGACCCUCCUCCCUUUCUUUUCUCUGUGGAGAAAUAAAACCUACCUCACAAUUGCUUAAGAAAACGAAAUCUGCCCAGGUGAAAUUUUACUCCAGACCAGAAUGAUUGAUCUAUAAAGCGCAGAUUUAUUUGCCAAGAGCACUUUUGACAGCUUGGCAAAGGCCCUUAGAGAGGAUUCAUUGCAGUCACAAUCUGGAAAAAGAACAAAAAAUGGGCUUGGCUUUUUCCUUCCCUUUCCCAGAGUUCAUCCUGUAGCUUAGUUCUUGAUGAGGCAGUAGUCCCCAAAACCUAUUCCCCAAUAGGGUUCAGCCUCUGUCUGGUUUCCUCUUUCCAUCUCCGUCUCUCCACAAGACCUCCAGCAGCUGUUGAGAUGCACACGACUGGAUAGCUGAAGUUGACUGAUAGAAAAUAAUCUCUCCUCCACCAACAUCAGCCCGGAAAGGUCCUGAGUUGUAUUGGAUGUUAAUGAUGCUCAGAGUAGACCCCUUGAAACUAAUGGACGUGAGUAAGUCUACUCCAAAUAAAACGUAGUUGGAUAUAACCCAUUGCUUUUGAAAACUUAGAUGCGAUGAAGAAGAUAGAAUGUGUGUAAGGCACCAGCUUCAAACCCACUCUGCAAAUGAGGCCAUGUCAUAACCACACUUAUUCAGUGUUAAAAAUCUAACUGAAUUCAGUGGGACCUGCUCCCCAUUAUUUGUGUCUAGGAUUGCUGCAUUAAAUCUUAUAUAUUAAAUGUUGGAUUUUGUGUAUCAGGGAUAGCCAAUGUGGUGUCCUCCAGAUGUUGUUGGACCCCGGCUCUCAUCAGCCUAUGCCUGCUCUAUAUAAUUCCCAUUGAGCCUUCUCUGUGAUGCGUCCGUCCCUGGUCAUGGGAUGUUCCCCCAAAGUUAAACAUUUUGGCACCAGGUGGAUUUUCUUCUCCCAGGCUUUUUCAUGAUUAGAGGUUAAUAGAUUUUAAUUUUUAGAACUAUUUUGUUUUCUCUCUUGCUGGUUUUUAGUGCUGUUUUUAUUGUUACUGAAAGUAUGCUUCUUUUUAUAGUUUAUUUAAUUGAU